AUGGAUCUGUCCAUGAAGGUUUUUGUGGUUGUCCUUCUGAUUUUUGUGACCACAGGAGACAGGACGCUGGUGCAGGUAGCUUUGGCGAGGGAGUGCGGGUCACCGAGCCACAAGUUCCAUGGGAUGUGCACGCGCGACUCCAACUGCGCAAACAUUUGGCUCACCGAGGGUUUCAAGACUGGCAAGUGCGUUGGCAUUCGUCACCGUUGUUUCUGCUACAAGAAUUGCUAGAUAUGGCCUCCGAUUCUUGAUGCAUAUAUACAUGCUCCCAUGUAACAAAUCCAUUUGUAUGCAUGCAUGUUUAUGUAUGUUCUCGUCGGAGACAGGACAAUAAGUGACUGCAAAUUUUGAUGCUUGCAUCUUCUUGUUUGAAAACAUUAUUGC